ACCGCCUCUCCGCCAUGCUGGUUCCCUCCCCGAUUCCAGGAAAUCUCUGCCCCCCUCCUCCACUGGUGACGACCUGGGUGUCUGCCAUAAUCAAGUCUCGCAUGGACGGCUGCAGAGAUUCCCAGGAAACCUCACGCCAACUGGCUGAAACUGUACUACGCAAAUAUGCUCAGCAAACUGGUCAAAUCUACGAACUCCAUAUGUUUUGUGGCUUGCAUGUGUUCUUCGGACCGAAACCCUUUUGGCACAUCAACUUCUUGGCACGGCCAAAGGAUGCCGCUGGUGAGCUGCCCAUUUACUUCUUCGCCGAAGCAACUGUACCCAUGGGUGACGACAAUGAAUUCCUCGAGGAUGAUAUCGUCUUGUGCUGCCCAAUCAAACCGUCUAGAAUUGGUGGUUGUGAAGCUUGUAGCGCCCAAUACAUAAAGAUUGACCACCCUGUUGACACAAAACAUAACGGUGGAUUGGAGGAGUAUGACGAUGAGGAGAUUGGGAAUGGAGAUGAUCUCUGGGACUAUAAUUUUCCUCUUGUGGACUUCGUCAUGUUUGAUGCUGAGAGGGACAGUCCAACUGUACGUGCUAUAGAGGAGAGCUUUCCUCACAGUUCUGACGGGGAUGAAAGCAUCGAGGACUUCUGGAUUUGUGAAAUGUGAUACUUAGCAGUAGUAAUUUAUAUAGUUAUGGUUGCUUAUACUCACUUCUGGAGUAGCAUCUGUCAGAUCAAUCUACCAAUUGCUUGUUACCACAAAGAAAAGACGUUAAGACUGGCUAGGGGAAAUGCCAGUUGGAUCAAAUACUGCAGCAGAAGAGAAAUUGUGGCAUAAAAUGUGGAAGGUGCAAGUGCCCUCUAAACUGAA